UUUGCCAUGCAAAUUUCAUUGUAGUGUAUACAGCUGCAAAGUAUCUUAAUCUUAAAUCUUAUUUACCCUAAAUUGCUCCAGUUAAGUUAACCAGCUGUAAACUUUUGCACAUGCCACAUUUUACAUAUUAUGUUUUAAUAAAUAGUAAGUGUGAAUUAAAAUUGACAAAAUACAUCAGGGUGGUACAGUGGUUUGAACCCAGCUCAGUGUGCGGUGCUUGCAUGUGCUCCCCGUGUGUGCGAGUUUCUUUCCAUGGUACAAAGACUUGCAGCCCAGGAUAAUCAGAUGCUCUAAAAAUUUACAAUAUGUGUUAUUGCCUGUAACUUCUUUUCACUUACAAAACUGGAAAUUUUACCACAGGUCCCCAAACUUUUGCACAUGACUGUAUCUCGACUAUGGCUAAAAACCUUGCAGACAAAUACUGUGUUCCGUGCACAGUCUCAUAAACACUGGAGGGUGUGGUACUUGGGGUGAAGGGCUUGUUAUUUUUGGAAUGCACUGUGUCCCAGUAUCACCUGCCUACAGACAGAGGGCGCUGUUUCCAAGCUUGUGCUCUUGUUGGUGAUGCCAGGGCUCACCUGUACCUGUGGUUGUGGCCCCAGGGCGGGAGGCGACGCCAUGGAGGUGUCCAGCCACAGCCUGCUCCUUCUGCAGCAGCUCAACAUCCAGAGGGAGUUUGGCUUUUUGUGCGACUGCACUGUUGCCAUAGGCAACGUGUACUUCAAGGCUCACCGCGCUGUGCUGGCGGCCUUCUCCAACUACUUCAAGAUGAUCUUCAUUCAUCAGUCUAGCGAGUGCAUCAAGAUCCAGCCCACUGACAUCCAGCCCGAUGUGUUCAGCUACCUCCUGCACAUCAUGUACACGGGCACUGGGCCCAAGCAGCAGGUGGACCAGAGCCGUCUGCAGGAGGGCAUCAAGUUCCUGCACGCCUACCAGCUGUGCCGCAGGUCCGCCGAGGGCCAGGACGCUACCUGCGACUCCGCCAAAAUGUCCAACCUCUACGGCAUCCAGAUCUCAUCCCAGCCGGCACCCAAGGCAAGCCUCGGUGUCAAGGAGCCUCAGCCCAGCGUUCAGGCACGUGCAUCUCCAGCGGGGGGCGCCAGCGGGGGGUUGUCCAACAGGCCACGCUCCGACCUUCGAGGCACCUGCUCUGUGGCCUCUGGAGAGGACGCCAGUGUCACAGUGACGGUGAAGCAGGAGAGGGUCGAGUCGGAGGGGCCCUCGGAGGCCCCCAGCAGCCCUGCUCAGGGGCCCCUUAAGGAGUGGCUCCGGACCCUUUACUGCCACCACUGCGGUGAGCGCUGUGGCUCCCGCCAGGGUCUUCGAGAGCACCUCUUCAAUCAUGCCACAAGCUCCCUGCCCUCAAUAGUCCCUUUGGCCCACCAGGGGGAGGGGCCAGAGGGCAGAGGGGUAGAGUUGGAGACUAGUCAAGACCGCCCCCUACAGAUGGGGCUGAUUGGAGGGGUUCGCAGUGAACUGGAGCCCCCGGAGGAACCGGUGGCCGAGCUGCGGGGCUCACGGCGGAGGAAGGCCUCCUGUGCCAUCUGUAGCCUCCAGUUGGCCCCAGGGACUCAGGCCCAGGAAAACAUGAACAGCCCGCCGGGGCGGCCUGCCCGCUGCCACCGCCAUAACCGCGUGUGUAGGCAGCCCCCCCGCCACUGCUGCACUGCUGAGGUUCAAGCCGAGGUGGGCUCGGAUGAGGUGGCCGCGAACCCUCAGGACAACGGCAGCUCCUGCUACUCGCUGGACUCGGAGAUCUCCCAGGAGAGCGCCGACACCGUGGCCGCAGAGUGACCGCUGUGUGUAGGACGGUUGUUCUUGAAAAUCUCCCUCAAGACUGAUUCCUCUCGGUUAUUCUCUGAUGGCUUCAUGUCCCGUGGUCUCUGUGCUGUCAUUUUUAUGUGCUUGUUUGAUUUCUGUGGAAAAUUAAUUUUACUCUGUUUUAGCCGUAGGGGGACAGGAAAUGCAAUUUUAAUUCAACGAUCCAUCGAGCUUUUUCAAAAUAGCAACAUACAGGUGGUCCCCUACUUGCAGAAGUCAAUUUAGUCAUUAGUCAGAAAUCCCAUUACACUGUAUUAUAUGAACCAUUACGAUAUAUAAACUAUUGACAUGCAUGAAUGUUAUCUUCUAUUAGGCUUUGUUAUAUUU